AUGUCUGAAAUAAAUAGUGAAGCAUUUAUGAAUUCAAACAUUAUAAAUCUCACAACACCAAGCACAAUAAUGACGGUGUAUUCAAAUGCAUUUAAGUAUUGUCCUUUAGACUAUUUCUAUCUAAAUGAAGGAAUUACAUUAAUUGAUAAUAGUGCAUUUGCUUUUAGUAAUAUUACGAAUAUUACUUGUCCUAGUACUUUAGAAACAAUAGGUUCAUAUGCCUUUAAUUCAAGUAAAUUAGAAUCAAUAACUUUCAAUAGUUCAGUUUAUUUUCAUGAUUAUUUAUGUGCAUAUACUCCAAUGGAGUUUCUUGAAAUACAUGAAGGAGUUACUGAAAUUCAUUCUUAUUCACUUGCAUAUACAAACUUAAAAGAACUUAUUAUUCCCGAUACUGUUACUUCAAUUGGCUCAUUUGCGUUCAAACAAAGUACUCUUCCUAAUAUAACUCUUCCAGUAAACUAUACAAAUAUUGGAGUUUCGACAUUUGAAGAGGCAGGUAUAAAAUAUUAUAAUGUCACUUCGAAUAUCACAUUUAUCAACUAUUAUGCAUUUAGGAAUAGCAGAAUAUUGAAUAUCACACUUCCUAAGUCAUUGAAACACAUCGAAUUUGGUGCUUUCGAAGGAUCUGAUAUUGAGUACAUAGAAAUACCAGAUGGAAUUAUUAAUAUCACACAUAGCCUUUUCAAAGAUAGUAAACUAAGAAGUAUUAAACUUCCUGAGAGUGUUAAAAACCUUCAUAAUCAUUCAUUUUAUGGUGCUGUAAUUACUGAUUUAGUUCUCUCAGAUAACAUUGAAAAAAUCUAUCAAUAUUCAUUUGCUUUUUCAAAUUUGACUACUAUUCAUUUACCAAAAUACUUAUCUAUAAUUGGAUAUCAUUGCUUUAUGCAUACACCAAUGACAUAUCUAGAAAUGAAUCCAAACUUUCAGAUUUUCAAUGAUUCAGCCCUUGCUGAUUCAAACAUUACAAACGUCGUUUUACCAUCAUCAUUAUCGGUAAUAGGUGAAUAUUGUUUCAAUGGUUCAAAUGUUACAUACCUUCAAUUACCAGAAGGAUAUGGUGGAAUCAAUUCAAAAUCAUUUGCAAGUAGUAAGAUUAUUGAAAUCAAUAUGUCAUCAACAAUUUCUUCAAUUUCCAGUUAUGCUUUUAUGUUUUGUCCAAUGACAUCACUUGUAAUUAAGAAUAAUACGGGAUGGAUCGGAGACCAUGCAUUUGCAGGAAGUAAAUUGGUUAAUAUUACUUUCCCACCAACAAUAUAUUAUAUUGGACCAUGCGCAUUUGAAGAAUGUCCUUGUGAAAAUGUAACAUUGUAUGAAAGGUUUCAAAGCAUUGGAAAUAAUGCAUUCACAAAUAGUAGCGUAAAGUAUUUAAUACUUAAGAAUGUAAGUUCAAUUGGAUAUCAGGCAUUUUACAAUUCAUCAAUAGUUUCAAUACAAUUCCCUGACCAUGUAAAUAUGAGUAUUUACUAUGAAGCAUUCAGAAAUUGUAUUCUACCAGAGAUAAUCAUACCAUAUGGAACAGAAGAAAUCGGCAAAUUUGCAUUUAGAGGUACCAGACUUGAGAAAUUAUUCAUUCCUGCAACAGUUCGAAGAUUAUAUAAUUGGUCAUUUGUAGGAUGUCAAAUCAAUGAAGUUAUCAUUGAAGAAGGAUUCACAACAAUUCCAGAGUAUUAUUUCUCAAUGGCAGACAUUUAUCAUAUUACUCUUCCAUCGACAAUUUCAUAUAUUGGAAGAUAUGCAUUCAUGGCAGCAUGGUUCAGUGAAAUAACAAUUCCAGCUGGGUGCACUAUCUCACACCAUGCAUUUGAAAACUGUCAAAUGCUUACAAACAUUACAAUUGGAGCGAACUGUGUCAUUAAUAUAGAUGCAUUUGUUCUCUGCAACAAUACGAAGAUUGUCACCGCUGGCAAGAAUAUUGAAUACAAAGAUAUGGUUUUUGGUGAAUUGAAGAAUAUAGAGCUUAUUUAUACAGGACAAACUGACCCAACAGACGAAAAUACAAUAAAAAACUAUAAACAAAUUGCCUCAAAAGUUAAGGUUCCAUGUGAAUAUGCAUCCACAACAUUUUGCGGCAUUAAUGCUAUUAAACAGGAUGGAUGCACUUAA